AAGAAAACGGAAACAACUUUAAGCGGAUACCAUCAGAGAAGAGGAACUGUUUUUGCUGCGCUGAAUUUCACAGAUUCCAGUCAUACAAGAUGGCAAACUAUCUGAAAGUGAUGCAGGAUAUAACUGACAAACAAGAUCAAACUAGUCGAGUCCAGACCACCAGAUCCCAAAAUGAACCAGUCCAGACCUCCACCGGAGGAACGGUCAAUGCACCUCUUCUACAUGGAAGUGUGUUUCAUGGCACAGUUAAUAUCAACAUUGGAGCUGACACUAAGCACAGAGGUGGAGAAAGAAUUGAAGAGAUAACUGGUAAGAGUACCACAGCCUCCUCCACUGCAUCCCAGACUAGAGACUCAGUUAGGCCUCUCACAGCAGAAGAUCAACAGCACUGUAUUCAGUUGAAGUCCACCCUCUGGCAGCUGUAUGAAAGUGUCCUAAUUGGGAAUUCACAGACAGGCCGUGCAAAGUUCUUGGAGGAUAUCUACACUGAUCUCAUUGUAGUGCAGAAUCAAAGUGGAGGAGUCAUUAAUGAGCAUGAAGUGAUGCAAAUGGAAAUGUCUUCCAGCAGACCUGCUGGUGAUGAAAUCUCUCUCAAAUGCAGUGACCUUUUCAAGGUCCAGCCUGGUACCAAAAAAAGGAACAGGAAAGUGUUGACAAUGGGAAUUGCUGGAGUGGGCAAAACUGUGUCAGUGCAUAAAUUCAUACUCGACUGGACGAAGGGAGAAGAGAACCAGGACAUAAGCUUCAUUUUUCCUCUUCCCUUCCGUGAACUGAAUCUGAAGAAAGAUAAAGAGUUCAGUUUGAUUGAUCUACUGAAUCACUGCUUUUUUUCUUCAAAAACUGGUUUGAAGUCUCUUCCAGAAGAUGAUGGUAAAGUUCUAUUUAUCUUCGAUGGGCUGGAUGAGUGCCGCUUUCCUCUUUGUUUUGAGGAUGGAGAAGAAGUCAAAGAUAUCAAUGAGAAGACCUCAGUGGGAUCACUGAUCACAAAUCUUAUCAAUAGAAAUCUGCUUCCCUUUGCUCUCAUCUGGAUAACUUGCCGACCUGCAGCAGCCCCUCUGAUUCCCCGGGACUACAUCAACCUGGUGACAGAAGUACGAGGAUUCAGUGAUGAACAGAAGGAGGCAUACUUCAGAAAAUACUGUAAUCAGGAUAUGGCAGUGAAAAUUGUUUCACACAUUAAGAAAUCAAGGAGUCUCUACAUCAUGUGUCAAAUCCCAGUAUUCUGCUGGAUCUCUGCUUCUGUGCUUCAGCCUCUGAUGGUUCAAGAGAGCAAUCAGGAAAUCCCCACAACCCUGACAGGAAUGUACAUAAGCUUCCUACUGCAGCAGAAAAACCUAAUGAAAAAGAAAUACAGUGAGAAAACCAGAACUGUUAAUGCUGAGCGUAUCAUUCUGAAGCUUGGUGAGCUGGCCUUCUGUAAUCUUGAGAGUGGUAGUCUGAACUUCUAUGAAGAUGAUCUUAAGAAAUGUGGCAUUGACGUCAGAGAUGGUACUGUGUUCUCAGGAGUGUGCACACAGAUUUUCAGUCAGCAGGAGGGAGUUUCUGAGAGGAACAUUUUCAGCUUUGUGCAUCUGAGUGUUCAGGAAAGCCUUGCAGCUUUAUAUGUGCAUCACUCUUACUGCAACAAGAAAAUGAAUGCAUUCAAAAAGGAGAGAUUCUGGAACAAGCUUGGAUGGAUGAAUAAGAGAAUAACAGAUCUUCAUAAAUGUGCAGUAAAAAGAGCUUUGCAGAGUGAAAAUGGACACCUGGAUCUUUUUCUCCGUUUCCUCCUCGGCCUCUCACUGGAGGAUGGUCAGCAUGUCAUAACUGAACUUCUGCCGAAUCUGAAGAUCAGAGCAGAGAGUGUUAGGGACACGGCUGACUAUAUCAAGAUGAAACUGAAUGAGGAAAUAUCAUCUGACAGAAGCCUGAAUCUCCUCCACUGCCUGAUUGAACUGAAAGACAAUUCCCUGACAAGUGAAAUCCAGAAACACCUGAACUCAGGAGAUCUCUCAACACAGAAACUCUCAUCUACACAGUGGUCAGCGCUGGUGUUUGUGUUGCUGAUGUCAGAGGAGACUCGAGAGAAGUUUGAGCUGAAGAAAUACAAGCCAUCAGAGGAAGGACUGACCAGAUUACUGCCAGUGGUGAAAAACACAAGACGAGCUCUACUAGCUUCUUGUAAUCUUGGAAUAAAGGCUUGUGAAAGUCUGGAAUCAGUUUUAACACUGGAAACUUCUUCCCUGAAAGAGCUGGACAUCAGCCAUAAUGACCUUCAAGAUUCAGGAGUGGAGGUCCUCUCUGCUGGACUGAAGAGGUCACACUGUCAACUGGAGAUACUCAGACUAGCUUCUUGUAAUCUUGGAAUAACGGCUUGUGAAAGUCUGGAAUCAGUUUUAACACUGGAAACCUCUUCCCUGAAAGAGCUGGACAUCAGUAGCAAUGACCUUCCAGAUUCGGGAGUGGAGGUCCUGUCUGCUGGACUGAAGAGUUCACACUGUCAACUGGAGAUACUCAGACUAGCUUCUUGUAAUCUUGGAAUAACGGCUUGUGAAAGUCUGGAAUCAGUUUUAACACUGGAAACCUCUUCCCUGAAAGAGCUGGACAUCAGUAGCAAUGACCUUCCAGAUUCGGGAGUGGAGGUCCUGUCUGCUGGACUGAAGAGUUCACACUGUCAACUGGAGAUACUCAGACUAGCUUCUUGUAAUCUUGGAAUAAAGGCUUGUGAAAGUCUGGAAUCAGUUUUAACACUGGAAACCUCUUCCCUGAAAGAGCUGGACAUCAGUAACAAUGACCUUCAAGAUUCAGGAGUGGAGGUCCUCUUUGCUGGACUGAAGAGUUCACACUGUCAACUGGAGAUACUCAGACUAGCUUCUUGUAAUCUUGGAAUAAAGGCUUGUGAAAGUCUGGAAUCAGUUUUAACACCGGAAACCACUUCCCUGAAAGAGCUGGACAUCAGUCAUAAUGACCUUCAAGAUUCUGGAGUAGAGGUCCUCUCUGCUGGACUGAAGAGUUCACACUGUCAACUGGAGAUACUCAGAUUAUCUGGUUGUAUGAUUACAGAGAAAGGCUGUUCUUCUCUGGCUUCAGCUCUGAGUUCAAACCCCUCACACCUAAAAGAACUGGAUCUGGCCUACAACCACCCAGGACAGUCAGGAGUGAAGCUGCUCUCUGCUAGACUGGAUGAUCUACAUUGUUCACUCAACACACUCAGAUUGGAACAUGCAGGUGAGAUCAGAAUCCAACCAGGACCGAGGAAAUAUUCCUGUGAGUUCACUCUGGAUCCAAACACAGCGCACAGAGAGCUCACUCUGUCUGACGGGAACAGGAAGGUGGAGCGUGUGGGAUUUCACUCGUAUCCUGAUCAUCCAGAGAGAUUUGAUUGGUGUUGUCAGGUUCUGUGUAGAGAGAGUCUGACUGGACGCUGUUACUGGGAGGCUGAGUGGAGCGGGACGGUUUAUAUAGCAGUAACAUAUAAAUCAAUCAGGAGGAAAGGAGACAGAGAGGACUGUGAGUUUGGAUGGAGUGAAAAGUCCUGGAGUCUGUUCUGCUCUGAUGACAGUUACUCUGUCCGUCACAAUAAUAACGAGACUAAACUCUCUGCUCGACCGUCCAGUGAGAGAGUAGGAGUGUAUGUGGACUGUCCGGCCGGCUCUCUGUCCUUCUACAGCGUCUCUGAUGAUCAAACACUGACGCACCUUCACACGUUCAGCACCACAUUCACUGAACCGCUCUGCGCUGGGUUUACAGUCGGUUCUGACUCCUCAGUGUGUUUAAAAUAAAAUCACCUCCUGAGUGAAACACAAACCAUAAAAAUAUCAGUUUUGUGUGGUUUUAUGUGUAAAACAGUGUAAAGAUUCAUUUUUACAUCAUUUUUAUCUUCAUUCUUUAUGUG